AUAUGACACUAAAUAAGGAAGUGGGCAGGCGCUUGUUAAAGAUUGUGGAUCAUGGACACAGAGAGCUAGCAGGGCUAAUCUUUAAUCUUUAAAAUUAAUACAUUACAGGAAAUAAUGGUUCUUCUGUUGAAGUUUCCACGCAGUACACCAGAAUGAUCGACGACUUUGAGAGCCAGCAGGUCCGGUCCAGCGGGGAGCUGUGGACCCAAAUCUGCUCCAGUCUGCCGGAGGCGCAGGCUGAAGCUGAAGCUGAAGCUGCCCCGGAGAUCAACACGGAGUUCAAAGACUCAUUCCAUCCAGUGGCACAAGGAGUGCAAGUCAAUGGUCAUUCAAAUGGGACAAGUACCAGUUCCUCUAGCGCCAAAUGGGAACCAAUGGAGGACUCUGAGAUCUACAUAGCCAGUUUAGAGAACCGCCUGAAGAAAUUAAAGGGCCAGUCAAGUGAUGUGACCUCCAGGGACAUGCUGCGCUCCUUGUCUCAAGCUAAGAAAGAAUGCUGGGAUCGAUUUCUGCACGACGCUCAGACCUCAGAGCUCUUCCAAGGCGGUGACAUGGAUGAGAGUGCUCUUGAACACUUCAAGAGGUGGUUGAUUCCUGAGAAGGUCGCCAUCAGCGCAGAGGAGCUGGAAUAUCUCCUGAGGCCGUCUCAGACAAACGAAUCUGCCGAACCAAACCAAACGCAGAAUGAAGAGGACACGGAGGGAGAGAGACACAACCCCGAGGAAGAUGACGCUCACAGCCCGGAGAAAUGAGCGUGUUAAAAUAGUAACUCUGAAAGAUGAACUAAUACGCCGUGCAGUCAGUGUGGACGAUGCUCAUUUUGAGCCGGGUUGUGUUAUAGCAGUGUUUCGGCCAAAGCUUUUGUUAACAGCAGUGAAAGAAGCAAUUACAGCCUGUCAUCAUCCUCUGUAUCCCCAGCAACUGAGUGUUAAGUACUUAUUCAGCCCCUGUUAUUCACCCACAUCUCCACAUUAACAUAUAUAAGGAAUAACUUGAAAUUAGACUUGUUUUUCCUGACGCACAAGAAUUAGCAUCUAGUCUUUGUAGUGACUCCUAUUAUAUUUGUUACAAGAACGGCUCUCUACUUUGAAUACAUAUGCAGAACUUAAUGAAGGACCAAUGCAGUACCACGUUGUUAAUGAGACUAAUAAUGACAUCUUCCUAAUGACAUUCUCUGUUUUGAAAUAUUGUGUCGUUAAGAGUAGGAACACUGAUAUAUUCCUGGAAAUAUUGUAACAUAUUGUGCAACGUCUUUAUUUUUGCCAUGUUGAUUUUACAAAUGAAGUUUUACCCAUGUUUCAAUAAAAACAAGCAGAACUGAA